CUUCGUUCUUCUCACCGUCACGGCCAUGGUACAGCAAACGUUCUUUUAUCUGCUACCACCACCAUGCCAGCCGACCCACUCUCUUCUCUGGAAGUCCGGCGAGCUGCCCGCGCAGCAGUGAAGAUUCUCCAAGAUAGCGGGUAUGAAUGCUGUCUGUUCGGAAGUGCUGCUUGUUCGAUAUUCGGCAUGAGCGGUAGAGACCCCAAUGAUGUGGAUCUCAUUGUCCUCGAUAACGACGUCCAUGCCGAAGACAUCAAGGACCUCCUCGUUGAGGCGGACAACAGGUUCUACCUCAAGCGGUCCGUUAAUCCUCAGGCGACGUAUCGGGUGUUAUGGUACGCACUCCGGACUAAUGCCAAAGGCCGAAGGACACGCUCCUGUAAAGUGGACAUCCUUACACCUGGGAACUCGACAGACCUUCAAAUUCCGUUCGUGCCCUCUAGUCGGAUAACGUAUGUUCAGCGUUACCGAGAUUUGCCUGUCAUGCCCUUCAUGUGCUUGAUGUUGAUGAAGCUUCGUGGGUGGGAAGAUCACUUCGACUCGGAGAAGGAGUAUAUGCAGGAGAAAGAGCCGAUCGAUGUGUCGGACUUGGACGAGCUGCUGGAUUUGGCUAAGGACCAAUAUCAAGUGCGAGUAAACCUGCCAUCAGAGCAGUGGAUUCCGCGCUGGUUCAUUGAAGAGAGUCGUCGGAGAGUGUCACGAUUUAUUGAGAACUACCCUGAGUUUGAACAAGGGUGGAUAGAUGUUGGAUUUACGUUUUCUUGAUUAUACUCAUUGUCACAACUAUCACUUUGUAUCUGAUUCUCAUUUAUGCAUGAAUUGACUUGUAGCCAUAUUGAACACCGUCAGUGCUU